GGUCUAUGUAAUUACAAAUUUAAGAAAUAAUUAAAAAUUUCGAGUUGCAUCCGGCUGCUUGCUCUGCUAUCGCAAGGGAAACGGAACCCACAGAUUGCACGGGCGCAUGCUAACAAAUUUUCAGCGAUUGUAAUGUCUGUCAGCGCCAACAAACUUCCCAUCACUAACCUUUUGCUCCUCGCAUUUCUCUGUUUGGCAUUUGGAGAAGAGGUCAAGAGUCCAGGGAAAUACCCUCUGGUUGUGAGUACCUGGCCCUUCUUGGAAGCUGUUAGAGCGGCCUGGAGAACUGUUGAGAGUGGGCUUUCAGCCAUGGAUGCAGUUGUGGAAGGUUGUUCUGCUUGUGAGGAAUUAAGAUGUGAUGGUACAGUUGGUCCUGGUGGAAGUCCAGAUGAAAAUGGAGAAACCACAAUGGAUGCCAUGAUAAUGAAUGGGGUAACAAUGGAGGUUGGAGCUGUUGCUGCAAUGAGGUAUGUGAGUGAUGGAAUCAAAGCCGCAAGACUAGUAAUGCAGCAUACUAAACACACUAUGCUUGUAGGCGAGCAAGCAUCUGUCUUUGCCAUUUCAAUGGGUCUUCCGGGGCCCACAAACCUAAGCUCUGAAGAAUCAAUGGAUAAAUGGAUCAAAUGGAAAGAAAACAAGUGCCAGCCUAAUUUUAGGAAAAAUGUUUUGCCUGUUGAUGAUUGUGGUCCUUACCAUGCAACGAAUACUGUAAACCUUGGCGAGAACACGUGCACGAAUUCCAAAUGGUUGGAGUGUGGUAGAUUAGGGUCUUGUCACAUUAGUCUCCACAAUCACGACACAAUAUCCAUGGCUGUCAUUGACAGAAUGGGACAUAUUGCUGUUGGUACAUCAACUAAUGGGGCCACGUUUAAAAUCCCGGGCAGGGUUGGUGAUGGACCUAUUGCUGGAUCAUCUGCGUAUGCUGACACUGAAGUUGGAGCCUGUGGUGCAACUGGAGAUGGUGAUAUCAUGAUGCGCUUCCUUCCAUGCUAUCAGGUUGUGGAGAGUAUGAGGUUAGGGAUGGAACCUAAGCGUGCUGCUGAGGAUGCCAUAUCAAGAAUUGCGUGGAAAUAUCCUGAUUUUGUAGGUGCUAUAUUUGCAGUCAAUAAGAAUGGCGUCCAUGCUGGUGCAUGCCAUGGAUGGACGUUUCAAUACUCAGUAAGGAGUCCCGACAUGGAAGAUGUAAAGGUUUAUACUGUUGUCCCGGAAACUCCAACACCUCAAGGCUGUUGCUUCCCCAGUUUGGCCAUGGGAAGUUACAGAGAAACGUAUCGGUAACAUAUGCCAUAUCUUUGAAGAUUCAUUGUUUUGUGUAAAUUAAACAAGAGAUGCUGACUUCAAGAAAACGAGGGAUCGAUAGAUCAUGCGUUUAUUCAGGACCUUUCACUAUAUAUGGCAAUAAAUGUGUUAAGAAUACAAUAAUUUGGCUUGGUCUUUAGUUUAAUAAAAGAUUAUGAAGUUUUGUACCAGUGAAAUUUUAAGAACAUUUGACAGGGGCAGGUAGCAGCAAUUUCUGCUAACAAUGUAGCUUUCGAACUCAACUUGCAGCUGCUGGUUUCUUGUACGAUUUACAAGGCCAAGACCAUUAAAGCCGGAAAAGAAUAAAAGAAUCAUUUGAAGGUUGAAA